UGUUCCAACUUGUCAGUCAACUCAUGCCAGCACUCUCCUUGUCUGCCUCUUUUCCACACCCUCAUUACAUGUGUCUGUCUGGACUGAUCUGCUCAUCUGUUUAGGGACUCUUCUGACAAGUCAAAAAUUCUGCCUCUUUCUGCUCUGGAAUUGGAUCAAAUCACCUCAGCUUUUUUUUGUAGUCCCACCAGGAGGUUUUUUGCUUAUGGUCUCAUUCUGUUUGCCUUCCCUACUUGUCUGUUUUUGAUUUGUAGAAUGGAGGAAGCCGAAUUGCUGAAAGAAAGAUUCCAGGCCAUAACAGAUAAAAGAAAACUGCAAGAAGAAAUUACACAGAAACGUCUAAAAGUAGAAGAGGAAAAAAUGAAACACCAACAUUUAAAGAAAAAGGCCAUGAGAGAAAAAUGGCUCUUGGAUGGGUUUAAUUCUAUGACUCCAAAAGAAGAAGAAGAAAUGCAAAAGCAGAAUCAGGAGGACCAACAACGGACUCAUGAGCUGGAACAAGACAUUUUCAGACUGGAGAAGGAAAUUGAGGCUCUGGAAAGACAGGAAUUGGAAGUCUCAGCUAAGGAAGAAGCAAUUUUGAAGAAACUGAAGUCUGUUGAAAAAACAACAGAAGACAUAAUAAAGUCUGUGAAGACUGAAAAAGCUGGAUUUGAAAAAGAGGCAGCAGACUACAUAUAUGCCAGCAUCCCUGACCUUCCCAAAUAUUUCAGACCUUCUACACUGAGAAGUACAGCACAUGCUGACAUGGAUGACGAAGAAAAGAGAAAAGCAUUGUUUGCCAUGGAAAUUAAGGUUGAAAAAGACAUGAAGACAGGUGAAAACACAGUGUUAUCAACAAUACCCCUUCCCUCAAAGGAGUUUAAAGAGACAGGAAUUAAAGUCUAUGAUGAUGGCAGGAAGUCAGUCUAUGCAGUGUCCUCCAAUGGGAGCACAACACAAAAUGGGAUGGAUGAACUUGCUCCUGUUGAAGUGGAAGAUCUGCUACGGCAGGCAACUGAAAAAAAUUCUCAGUCUCCCACAGAGUACCAUGAACCUGUGUUUGCAAACAAAUUCUGCAGGCCAGUAACUCCUCAGAAAGACAAAUUAGUCCCUGGACCAAAACCAGAAGGCACUGACAAAAAAGAGGUGAAUGGGUUUAGCAAUCAUCAGACAGAGUUCUCCUCCAAAACAGAGCCCUUUAAGCAGCAAAACAAAGAGAAUGGCCUCGAUCUUCCAAAGGUAAUACAACAAAAGUCUCCCUCUUCAGUAACUUCCAAUACAGAGAAGAAAGUGCACAUUAAUCCUGAGAAAAGGAUAAUCCAUAAUGAAGAAAGAAAUGCUCCACAUGAGGAAUUAAAACCUUACCAGAAUACAAGGGAAAGACAUAGCGAAACAAGGUUUUUAAAUCCCUGUCAUCCUAAUGAAGCACCCCCUGCACCUCAAGAUGAGGAAGAUGUUAGGUACAACAUUGUCCAGGCUGUACCUUGCUACGUGGAUGAAUCUGAACCUGUAACAAUGGUUUUCAUGGGUUAUCAGCGCAUUGAUGAUGACGAUGCAGAAGCAAACCAGAAGCUGUCCCGAUAUGAUGGGGUUAUCCGUGCAGAGCUAGUUAUCAUCGAUGAUGAUGAUGAAGAUGACAGCAAAUCAGAGAAACCAGCAUAUCAUCCCAUAGGCCAUUAUAGUCAAGUUUAUCAGCCACCAAACAGGAAAACCACAGAAGCCCAACAGACAAACCCUGUGAGCAGUCCAGGUGCAAGGCUAAACAAGGUACCUCACAAAAAUUCCAUCUCCCUGCAAGAACAAGAGGAACGCUUAAGCUCACCAACACACCAUGCUCAUCUUCACAGCCAGAUGUCUGGAGAUGGUACAGAAGACCCCUCGCUAACAGCUCUGAGGAUGAGAAUGGCAAAGCUGGGGAAAAAGGUGCUUUAACAGCUAUAAUGACACGGAAGUAAAAUUUACCACUCAAAGCAAAGCUAAGAAGACCUUCUUCCACAUACUUUGUCUGGAUCAUAAUGCUUGUUUUGUUACUCUGUUUCAUGGGCUAUUUUGCCCUCUGCAAAAUACAAUGGACUUCAACAGACUUUCAGAUUUGACCAACUGCCACAUACACACAAAUCACACCCUGGAUUUUGUUAAAAGUAGUGGGAAGUUACCUAAGGCCAUAAAUGCAGUGUAUAUAAAAGUAUAAAGACAUGUGCAUACCUAUUCUCACAAUCAGAAAUAUGCUGUUGCUAUAUACACAGAGCAGAUAAACAUCUAUCUCCAUGGAACUUCACGGGACAUUGUUUCACAUUAAAGUGUGCCAAUCUAUCUGAUUUUGACUGAAAAUGCUGUUCCAGCAUUCUUUUUGUAACAGCAUUGGUUAAUAAAAAGCAAAAUGUGAGAGAGGAGCAGGAAGAAAUGUAAAUAUAAAAAGUGCUUUCCUAUUAUACUACCUUGGAUGAAAUGUAAAGCAUUCCUUUUUAAAUGACAGCAGAACAAACCAAAAAUAAUUAAGCCAGCAUACUUAAAUAUUUAGCCACCUUCUAGAGCUCCACAGUCCAUUCACCCUUCUAUGUUACAUAUGACAGUGUAGCCAUCCUCACACCCUGCUCUCUUCACCAUCCCACGAACAUGCUGCCCACCCACAACCUCACAGAUCAAUCCUGUGCAUAAGGACAGAACAUCCUGACCUCCUGAGCAUAGUUUCACCUCCCAGCUUGCUGAGAAAGCCCUGCUUUUCCAAGAAACUGGUUGCCAAACAGGCAGUGCCUGUCCAUCAGAAAAACCCAAACAAAAAAACCAAA